UAAGAUUGUUUGUGCCUGUAUUCAUUCAGGAGGAGGGAUGAAAAUUGAAAAAAACAGCGGGCCUUGCUGGGAAAAAAAGUCUUUGAAUAUAGUUACCACAACAAAACUGCAGUUUCUUGAUUUUUAUGUGAAGGUGUGUUGAUAUACAGCAUCCUGCAUGUACAUAUAUGCAAGAGAGUUGCCAAAUGGCCAGAAAAGCAAUGACUAUCAUUUUGCAGCUACAAAAAGGUUGAAAUACCUUCAUGAAAUACUUUCAUUUCAAAAGACGAGAAGCUGUUUCAGACAUUGAUUGAGAGUCUGGCUGAAAAAAUGGCAAUUCUGGAUGAUUGUUAACAAUACCGUAGUCCUCCAAAUAAUCAAGCAUCCAAACAAUGUACCAAGAGGCUGCAAAAUAUGGAACUUAGAAGUUAACAACAUACAUUAUUUCACUAAUGCAUUCGGAAAAUGUAUCGUGCUUUAUAAAGUGCCCUUGACUCUGAAACAGCUUGUAUCUUGGAGCAAAUGUACCAUUUGUGGCCUUCAGUACCCAGAUCCCAAGUUGAAUAAAGCUAACGUGAUCUCCGAAUACAGUGGAGCCACAGAAGCCCCAUGGCUCGUGAACAUCUAUGGAAAUGGCCAGAGAUGCCAAGGAGUUAUCCUGAGCAGCUUGUGGGUCCUGACAGCAGCCAACUGCUUUUUGUUGAUGAAUCCGAGCCAAGUAGAGCUGACUGGGUCUCCUGGACAUUCCUCCACCAUGACAGUGAGUCAGUUUCUGCUACAUCGGGGCUUCAGUUCUUGGAAUACAGCACCCAAUAAUGACCUGGGUCUCAUCUUGCUUGCCCAGCCAGUUGAUUUAACAGCAAAAGACAUGUGGCCAGCUUGUAUUCCUCAGGAAGAAAAACCAUACAACAUCCAGGAGGAAUGUCGGAUUUUCGAACGAGGCCAAGAGGGAUCUAUGAGAUGGUUCCUAAAGGAGACAAUGGUGGAGGCCUUGAGCAUAUCUGACUGUUCCAAGCAUUGGCCUAACGCUUCAGAAGGCAGGAACUUGUGCAUGGCAAAAAAAGACUCUCCCAACCUCACAACUUGCAAGGUGCCAGUGGGCAGUCCCGUCAUCUGUCAUGAUCCAGUUACUUGGGAAUGGGAGGUGAUGGGCCUUGUAAGCCAGAGCUUGCACAACUGCACAAUCCCUAUCCUGGCUUCUCAGCUUUUAUCCCAUACACAGUGGCUGAAGCAAGUGGGAGCCUUAGAGAAUCCUCUCCAGACAGGAGACAAAUUACCUUCAGCAGCUGGACAGCAGCAACCGGUAACAUCAUUGGGACCAACUACAGUUCAAACACCAUCAGCAACCCUCCAAGUGCCUGUAAUACUUCCAGCUGCGAAUGAAAUAGUUACACUGCCAUCAUCAGAAGCAGCCAUAAUAGCUUCACUGCCUCCAGUGCAAGCAAUCACAACAGCCACCCCUAAAUGGUCAUCAACCAAUCUGCCACCACUGGAAGCAACUGUGGCAGCCACCCUUGCAUCUUCACCAACCAAACCUCCAACACUGGAAACAAUCGCCAAGACAGAAGCAACCAAGCUACCACCAAUGGAAACAAUUACAGCCACUGUUAUUGAAUUGCCAUCAACCAAUCUGCCGUUACUGGAAGCAAUCAUCGCAGCCACUGCUGUAUCUCCAUUGAUCAACCCUCCAUCCCUGGAAACAAUCACGGUAACUGAAGCAACUAAACUACCAUCAAUGGAAACAACAACAACCACCAUCACUAAAUUGCCAUCAACCAGUCUGUCAUCGCUAGGAGCAACUACAGCAGCCACCACUGCAUCUCCACCAUCCAGUCCUCCAGCACUGGAAACAAUUACAACAACUGAAGCACCACCAGUAGAAAAAAACAGGACAACAAGGCUCCCAUUAACAAACCAAACUACAAAGCAACUUGGUCCAGUGUCUUCAACUACUAAGAAUUCUACUUCGCAUUCUUCAAAAGCAGAAAAUCCUGCCCAGGAGACCAAUAAUGUAAAACUUACAACAGCCCAUGAAUCAUCACCUACAACAUCUGCAUUGUUCUCCUCAGCCAUAAAAUCACAGCAUGGGGCACCAACAACUUCUAGGCAUCUGCUACAGGAAACACCUUCCGUCCCAGGACAGCCUACUACCACUGAGAUGGCAUCAACCAAAUCCUCCUUCACAUCUACACAGCAGUCAUCUGUAGCUUCCAUUACAUCACCUCAGUCGUCAUCUGUUGUCUCUCCAGUGAACAAAAAGAGCUCUGUAACAACGGGAAGAACAAAAUCCUUUUCUCAAACCCCAAAGCAGCAAAAUGAAACACUUGACCUGUCACCACAGACGACAUCUUCAAUCACCAGUAAGCCAUCAGCUAGGGCCACACAAACUUUGGUAGAAUCCACCACCAGGCAAUCACUCCAAACUUCACAAAUUAACAACCAUCACCAUAUAGUAAUAACACCACCUACCUACUCGAGGCAGUCUAAACCUUUGUCAUCUCCGGGCACAAGAUAGGGCUUCUUCCACAGCUCUCCUAACCACACUUGAAAGUUCUGUCUGCUGGUUUUAUGGGACUAAGCCACAGGAGAAACCAGGAAGAAGGUCUUUCUCUUGGUCCUGCUCUGGCAUGCUUUCCCAGUUCAUUAAAGUAAUCCCCAUCUUGCAAUCCUUUGAGCAGAUAACACGAACGCCCAGAUAUAAAUGGCACGAAUCAGCAGCUCCCAUGCCUAUGAGCAAGAUGGCAAUUCGCAUGGAUCACAAAAUUGAUGAAUAAUGUGGCCAAAAACUUCUAUAUUCCUUUUCCUCUCAAAAUCUGGGGCUUGCUUGUGAUCAAUCUUUCCUGACUCCAAUCUGCCAGCCCUUCAGAGUAGAAUAAGUUUACAGUAAAUUGACUCAUUCCAGAUCAUUGACAGAGAAUCUGAAGUCUGAAGAUUGGCUGAUUUUUUCCCCCCUAAUAUGUUGUCUUUUCCCUUCGAUAUGUGGGCUGAAGCCUCAUUUUGUUUAAUUUCUUAUAAUCUAUUUGUUUUCAAAAUUAUUAAAAAGUGCUUAAGCCUUUUUAAUAGGC